GCUCAGUGUUUUUAAGUUUUUCAAAUAUUUCAGUCGUUUUAUCGGCAGACUAAAAGGGCCAUUUGAAUAUUGUUACAGCUUGUAUAUCGUUUUUAACAUUUUUGACAAAAGAUCACAGCAAAGGUUUAGAUAGGUUUAGUCGAGAUUCCCCCUUUUAUAGUCUAGCACGAAAGGCAGGAGUAUAAAAAAGCCUUCGUUUCAUAAUGCGGAAACCACAAGUGUACUAUACAUAUUCAUAGUCGGUGGCGGCUUCACAAAAUCAGAGCACGUACCUUCACCACACACACACACAGUCCUCACUGAAGAAUCACUCGCUCCACAUGUGUAACUGAUUAAAUACUGGUUCAAGCUAUUUUGGAUUGGAGAAGAGCUGCAGCCUUUUUUAAAGUAAAAAAAAAUCCAAUUCAUCUGUUACUUCAUGAAUAGAGUCAGCAGUCUGUUUUAUGACAUUUGUCAUCCAACGGCUUCUUGUCUGUCUCUUCUCCUUCACAUCAUUUUUCACUCCUUUUUCUGACUCAUUUCAUUGCAUCUGGCUUUUGAAAUUCCUCACAUUUUUCAAAAAGAAUCAACUUUUUUUAACCCCUCUAUUGUAAAUGAAUGGAGAGGAACGCCGCCUUUACCUGCCUUAGAAAAAGGAAAGGGCAGUUAAAUGAGACUCACAUGUGCAUGUCCAUUUGAUGCUUGAAGGUGAGUGGGCCUCAUGCUUGGUGCUGGAGGAGGUCAGUCAGCAGACCACUAUUUGUCAUGGGUGACUGUCAUGUCCAGCAGAUGCACCAUGGACGGGUGAACUUUGUAAGACAAGAAGCACAGUCUCCCAUGAGACCUGUCUCCUGGACCAGGUGCUGGAGCUGAUAAUGAACGAGAAAACGCCGGCGAGUACGAGUCUUUUCCUGAACGAGGACUCGGACAACCCCCCCUUAUCUGACAGAGGAGACAUCAGGAGGCGCUUACACAGUGAGAUGGAGAGGAGAGCCAACAGUCUGAAGGAGAGGAUGAAUGCCCUCGGCUUUACCAGCGUCAAAGGUUUCAUCAAGGGAAACCUGUUUGUCCUGUUCACGACCGCCGCUGUGGCUGUGGGUAUAAUACUGGGCUUUGGUCUUCGCUCCUACAACCUGUCCCUGAGGGACAUUAAGUACUUUUCCUUUCCUGGGGAGCUCCUAAUGAGAAUGCUCAAGAUGGUGGUGAUGCCUCUCAUCGUCUCCAGUCUAGUGACAGGUAUUGCUUCCUUGGACAGCAGGGCAUCAGGUAAAAUGGGCGUGCGUGCGCUGGUCUACUACAUGUUGACCACGCUGAUCGCUGUGUUCAUUGGCAUUUUCAUUGUCAUGCUUAUUCAGCCGGGGAAAGGCGGCAGAGACAGUCCUGUGACCAGUGGAAGCGUCGAGACUGUUCAGGCGCUCGACGCCUUUCUGGAUCUCAUCAGGAAUAUGUUUCCCCCCAAUUUGGUCGAGGCUUGUUUCAAGCAGUAUAAAACUGCUUACAAAAAGGUUGUUCGUACAAGGACAGUGACUGUGACUCAGAACUUCACCAACUCUGUCAACGUGACAGAUUCCAACAGCAGCGUGCUGCACACCGUACAGGAGACAGUGGAGGAGACAGUCCCCGUGGCAGACUCCUCCAGUGGACUGAACGCUCUUGGUCUCGUGGUUUUCUCCAUGUGCUUCGGUCUGGUGAUAGGGAAAAUGAAGCAGAAAGGUCAGGCUGUCAGAGACUUCUUUGACUCCCUGAAUGAAGCCAUCAUGAGGCUGGUGGCCAUCAUCAUCUGGUACGCUCCAGUGGGCAUCAUGUUCCUGAUCGCAGGGAAGAUUAUAGAGAUGAACAAUCUGGCAGAGGUGGGCGGUCAGUUGGGAAUGUACACCGUUUCAGUCAUCGUGGGUCUCAUCAUCCACGGCCUCGUUGUCCUGCCGUUGCUUUACUUCAUUGUGACCAGAAAGAAUCCGUAUCGCUUCAUAGGCGGUCUGCUGCAGGCACUCUUCACUGCCCUGGGAACCUCAUCUAGCUCUGCAACGCUGCCCAUCACCUUCCGUUGUUUGGAGGAGAACAACCAUGUGGAUAAAAGAGUGACUCGCUUCAUUCUCCCUGUGGGCGCCACCAUCAACAUGGAUGGCACGGCCCUCUAUGAGGCUGUAGCGGCCAUCUUUAUCGCUCAAGUCAACAGCAUGGACCUAGACUUUGGCCAAAUUCUCACCGUGAGUAUCACAGCAACUGCUGCCAGCAUCGGAGCAGCAGGCAUCCCUCAGGCUGGCCUGGUUACCAUGGUGAUUGUAUUGACAUCGGUGGGACUGCCCACAGAGGACAUAGCACUGAUCGUCGCUGUGGAUUGGUUCUUGGACCGCUUGCGCACAACCAUCAAUGUGCUGGGCGACUCGCUCGGUGCAGGCAUCGUGGAGCACCUUUCUCGCGAAGAACUACAAAGUCAGGACACUGACGUGGGCAACUCUGUCAUCAUGGAGGAUGAUCGGCCCUACCAGAUUAUCAGCCAGGACAACGACACUCUGAAUCACCACAACAGCGAAACCACAAUGUGAAACAAUGAACCACACUCUGAGAGAAUGAAUGUACUCAAAGUAUAGUAUUUAGUUAGGAGUUUGGCUUACAGUUGUGCAGCAGCUACAGUAUGUGCUUGCGAUCUUCACAAUGUCCUAAACUUCCAUCUUACUCUCAAAUCCAAAAAAGUGUGAGGUCUGGCCCUGUGGCCGUUUGGUGACAGGAAAUACAAGUGCACAUUCUGUGUAGGAAAGGUUGCAUGUUCACUAUCUGACUUAACUCUAGUUAUAGUUUGUGUUAUGUUGUACAAAACUGGUUUUUACAAAGUUCAAUAUAUCAUUUAAGAGCUGAAAGACAUUUCCAGUUCAGGUUCAAGUUUUGCGUGACGUAUGAUUUCCAUGAAACCCACCACCAGCGUCAGUGUUCGAAAACACUGUAUCAUUAGAAGGAAAGCCACAGCAUUUCCAAUAUACUCAACCUUAAAUACCAUAAAUAAUCAACAAACACUUACAUAGUCUUAGAAUUUAACUUAAUGUGUACUUAACACUUUGCUACUUAUUACUUACUUGGGUCAGUGUUUUGAAAGUGACUCAGUAGCAUGAUUUACAGGCAUUGCUUUCUUAGAAAUAGUAUAGACACUGUCUGAGUAUUUUGUGUAUUUCUUCAGUGAUGUUGCUAUUACUCCAAGUGAUUUUUUUUGGAGUAAUACUGUAUUUGGUCUUAAACAUUUGUUUUCUUAGUUUUUUUCCCACUCAAAUCUUCAGCAUCUAUUGUUUAAACAGUUAAAGGGUCAUAUCAUACCAAAACACUUUGGUUUCUUUUUUCUCUAAGGUUUUGGAUAUGUUUAAUGUCUGAUUAGAUUUCUUUUUUAAAAACUAUUUUAGUUUGAAUUUGCACCUGAAAUAUCUCUGUUUUCUGCAUUAUACUUAAAACUGAGCAUGCAAUUUGAAUAGGGGUGUUAAAUUGGAAUAUCAUAUUAUAGGUUAAUCACUGGGUGUUUUUGUAAACGUACUGUGAAGACAGUUUGUGAUCGCUUUGAGGAAUUUGAAUGUUCAGUUGCUUUAUGCUUUUUAUUGUUGGCUGAGGACAGUGUAACGCGUCAUUAGUGAGAGUGAGAGUGAAACGCUAUAUACAUUACCAUUAAAUUAAAAGUUCAGAUUACUUUGUGCCACAUUUGUGCUCAUGAGGAGGUUUUCACGUCAGUUUGUGAUUUCAGUUAUAAUGUAAUUUCUCACACAGAAGAGCAGCUCAACAUUUUUUGAUGGACCACUUAUGAAAAAUGGGAGAAAUAAAUGGCUCAGGAAUAGAA